AUGAAACGGUCGAGUCAGAGGCUUAUUGGCUCAAGGACUCGUGAAAGCAGUGACAAUGAGCUAUCGUGGACGAGCUUCCUCAACUUGGAAGAUGAUACAUGGCUCUAUGAUCAACUACUAUUCGGCAGGAAGACGUUUCCAGUUUCUGGAUACGUAGCAAUAGCCGGUGAAUGUGUGCGACAGCUGUCAGAAUCAAAUUUGGAGACUUUUACUGUGAAGGAUCUCUCCAUUAGCUCUGCUCUGGUUUUCAAUUCAGAUGACAAGCUUGAAAUUCACACGAAACUGCGACCACAGAGCCCGAAUGAGGAAAAUAGCCAGUGGUACGAGAUCGAGAUUGCUUCCCACAAUGGAGGCCUAUCGAUCGGGCUGUGCACCUGUCUAAUAGCACGGGAAGCUGUUCUUGACACGGAAAUUCUGCAAAAUCUUACUCUGAGUGAAGAUUCCCACAUGUCAGUCAGUUCCGACUACUGGUAUGAUAUGAUCGCAGAUCGUGGCAUCGAGUAUAGCGCCUCACAGCGAGGCCUCAGUGAUAUCUCGGUAGACUUCACAGAGAAGAAAGCGAGUGCCACGAUUAUGCCAAUGCUCGACACCACGGGCUAUGUCGUUCAUCCAGUCUUCAUCGAUCACUGUUUGCAAAUCUCGAUGCUCGCAGCUUGCAGAGGCCAAGGUCGGCUCUUGGCCGAUCUGUCUGUUAUAACAUCGAUCCAGCACCUUUUCGUUUCCAAAGAAGCGUGGGGCAAGCUUAAAGUCAACGGAGUUGUGAAUUCGGGUCAGUUUCAGGAUUCGACGUGCAACAUUUCCGCUGUAAAUGAAAGUGGUCUUCCAAUCCUGAGCGGACAGUGCAAAAUCACCCCAAUCCACGACCUGGAAGGACAAUCAGACAGGAAACUGUUUUCUUUCAUUAAUUGGGACACUGAUUCAACCUACCACAACUUGAAUCAAUAUUUGUCAUCCUUUGAGUCUGAUCUAGAUCCAAGCUUCGCCCUCGAGCGCUUAGCUCUACUCUAUGCUCUGCGGUCAGAGGAUAUCGGCGCACAAAGCCAAACAUACUCGAAAAGGAUUCUGAAGAGGAUUGGCACCAGGAGAAAGGGAAGAUUUGGUCUAGUGCCCGAUGUAUCUCCUUUUGUCGUGUGCGGGCCCAGCAGCCGUACAAACCUUAUCAAAUUGCUCAAGGCUCAGAUAACUUAUAAGAACCCCAAGCUAAAAGUUCUCGAAUUCGGAAGUGGCACUAAAGACACCACAAAUCGAGUGCUGAAGGCUCUUCGAACUCAAUUUGAUGAGCCAUUGUAUUCUUCCUACCUGUCCGCUUCGACGUCACUGGAUGCUACGACCAAUGGAAAGGAGAGCCUGAGGGAACACGGCAGUGUUCAGUCGCUCUUUUUCAACUCCGAGAAAAGUAUCGAAGAGCAAGGAUUGAAGGCGGGAACUUAUGAUCUCGUAAUCAUUACAAAUUUUUCGGCAUUGGCGAGCAAUGCAACAAUUGGUGCACAAACCCUCAAACAGCUUAUUCAUCCUCAGGGACAGAUAGUACUUUUUGAGUUCGUUCCAGAGCCUGAAUGGUUAUUGGUACUGAGGGAUUACUUGACCACAGAGCCUUCAAAUGCACCAACUGGAUCUGAGACCAAGUCUUCGUUUGAAGAUGUGUAUACGGCACUGACAGAGAAUGAUUUCGUAUUUGACGAUCAAGAUAACAAAUCGACCUCAGCCCCGAAAGUUUUUGCGAGGCUGAAACAACGUGAGCCCGUAACUUCAUCGGAAAUUACGGUCGUCGGUCCGGCGUAUCAUCUUCCUCUCAUUCGCGAAGUUGAGAAAACCUUCGGGGACUAUCACAUAAAGUGCUUGAAAAAGACGAUAAAUGACGACAUACCACCUAGCAGGGAUAUAAUUGUAUUUGUCGACUUCGACGAGCCAUAUCUUUACAACAUCACGGAGGCUGAACUGUCUAAAUUUGUUAGGCUUGUCUCAGGCAUGAAAGGAAAAAUGCUAUGGGUUACUCCAAGUGCCCAGAUUCAUUGCAACAAUCCUAACUCAUCAAUGAUACUCGGACUGAUGAGAACAGUCAGAUCUGAAUUCAACAAGGACAUUACUACGGUGGAACUGGAUCCGAAGCGCACGAUGAAUGCCAGCUUGAGCAAAUCGCUCCUCAAAUUAUACAAAGGCCUCAGUCGUCGCACCAAGUCGAAAGACCUCGAACAUGACUACGAAUACGCGAUUGUUGAUGGACAGAUCAAAAUACCGAGGCUCCAAUGGACAACAGCUGAAGCAGAGUAUGCUCAUCUUGCCGCCCACCCUGCUGAACACGAUGUUGGCUCUCAAAACUUCAGCCCUAUGACUGCUAUGUCGGGGGAUUGGGGGGGACUCGGCCGGAUGAUCUCGACAUGGAUGGUAGAGAAUGGAGCUCGAAACAUCAUUUUCCUCUCUCGCUCUGCGAAGGAAGGACCCGAGACCACGCCUUUUUUUGACUUACUUCGAGCUCAAGGAUGUACGGUCACACCGUUUGUGGGUAGUGUCACAAAUAUGCCAGAUGUAGAAAAAGCCAUUAAACAAGCGACGACUCCAAUCGCUGGCGUCAUUCAGAUGUCGGCUGUCAUGCGGGACAACUUAAUGUCACAGAUGACAUUCGACGAGUGGCAAACGAGUGUACAGCCGAAGGUUCAAGGCACUUGGAACCUCCAUCACGCUACCCAUUCUGCUGAUCUAGACUUUUUCUUGCUUUUCUCUUCAAUCUGCGGCACUACAGGUCAAUGGGGACAGGGAAAUUACAACGCGGCGAACUCGUUCUUAGACGCAUUUGUCAAUUAUCGUCAUGGCCAGAAUCUUACGGCCUCGGUAAUUGACAUUGGUUUCAUGGGAAGCAUUGGUAUGGCGGUGAAAAGCGACGCUCUCGUGAAGAAUUUGAAGAGGAGUGGUUAUUACUUUCUCGAUGAGAGACACCUCAUCGAUGCUUUGACUAUAUCACUCGCACAUUCACGUCCUGGAGGCGAUCAAUUUAUGCACCGAAGUCAGCUUGGUCUUGGCAUAAGGUCGACGAAGUCCAUGGCCACUCCUACAUGUCGGGUUGCUUGGAAGAAAGAUUCUCGGAUGGCUAUAUCGCAUCACUUUAAGCCUAUUGGUGGAAUUGAAGAUCAGGAAGUGAAGAAUCUUCUGCAUCGUGCUUAUGGCACCAAGAAAGACUGA